AUGACUUGGGAUUUGAAGGAUGAUGGAAAGAUAACUUCCUUGUCCCGCAUCCACGACUUCUGCUUCGACUUCCUCCACGACCUGAUCCAGCAGGGGCCGGGGACGACGCACAUGGAACUGUGGGAGAAGAUGCUUGGCAACAGUGGCUUUGGGUUUAAAGAAUAUUAUCAUGAUCUCAGAGGUGAUAAACUGAAAAGUCACUUACGUUUCCUGAUGAGGGAAUUCAAGACUCGGGAACCUGGGCCUGACAGAGAAAGGUUCGGGAUCACGUUUAGUUCAGCCAUCAAUUACAUCAUUGAUGGAGACUCCUUCAGGGAGGAAGCUUACAUGGAGGCCCAGACAGAGUUUAUAGAGUUGUACAUUUACCAUGAGCUAACUUUCCUGACUCGUUCAAAGGAAGUCCAAGAAAUCCAUCACCGCAUACCUCACAGCAUAUGGUAUAUUUACGAUAGGAACAUCUUCAAGGACAUAGUUGACCCCGAGAUGUACAAAAGAUUUCUGAAACGUCUUGAGGACAUCAUCUGUCACCUGAACCUCACCACGGCAGACUCGAAGGAGGUGCUCGAUAAGGUCAUUGACAUACUCAAGAUGCUACUGUCGGCCAUUAAAGAGACGUUCAUGUUUCACAAACUUCACGCUGAAAUCAUGGACUUUGUGAGUGGGAUUUGCAACAAGAAGGCAGGGAGUCCAAUCCACCCUAUUGUAAAAGCCGUUGGAUAUUUCCUGUAUCAUGUACAGGAGGAGAAGGGCAACCCUACAAUAACGGGCAACUCUGAGCUGUUCACUGUGAUGACGCGGAAGCUGACGGACCUGCUGAACAACCUGGAGGACCACACACUGAUGAGGGUCAAAUUUGCUGAUGCAGCGGUAUAUGAAGUCCUUGUGAAAGCCAUGAACAAAACUCCUGAACACCGUCGGCAGAUGAUAGACCUGAUAAAGGCAUGCCUCAGGAUCAACCAGCCCAUGACAGCCAAGGCGGCAUAUCACUGCGUCAGGGAAACAGAGAAGUUCCUGAAAUGGAAGGACCAUGUGGAAGACGCAAAGGAGAUUCUGGACAUCUUGAUGCCAGUCCGAGUGUUUGGAGAGGAGGAGAAGGAGAGGAAGGAUUUCGCUGAGUACUACAAAGACGUUUGCAGUUACUUAGCCGAUCAGUUGAAAAGAGAUCGUGUUAUUCCCCAGAUGGUUGACAAAAUGGUGGAAUUUAGUCUGAACUUUAUGGAGAAGAGAGAAGGACUCCUGUUUGAAGCUGGGAGUGAAAUUGCAGAUGAAAUCGAGUUCAACGGAAGGAAAAACAAGGACCUGAUAAUGUCGACGUUUUCCAAGCUCUUGCCGUACUUGAAGGAUCCAAACUUCCCCUGGAACGCCGAUUGGUUCGGGUACUCGGGCAGGAUGGUUGUGACGCUGGCGUCGGGUGCCAUUGAAGCUUUAGAACCCAAAACCAUUACUGAAAGGGAUCUAGGUGCCAUUGCCUACUUCGUGAAAACUGUGAUGCAGGGAGACUUCAUUGAUGAGGAAUCUAACAAACCAACUACAGUGUAUUUCCAGCUGUACUGUUCAGUCGGCACAAAGUUCCUCCAGCUUCUGGAUGACCAGGAGAAGGUGCAGCGAGCCAUCCUGGUAGUGAGGGAGAUUGUCAACUUGAUGACUCAUGAAUUUAACGAAGUGUCUGACAUAGCCACGACCCAGGUGACCGUUGUUGUUGCGAAUGGGGCCAAGGUCAUGGUACCUUUCUUUCCCAGGCUGAUGGAAAUCUACAUGGACACAGAGAACUCGGCAUUAUUGUAUCCGCUGAGUCAGAUCUAUCCAUACUACCCCAAACUUCAAGAUCAACAAUUCCAAACACUGUUCGAGCUGAUCGACACCCCACAACGAUCGUCAGUGUUGCACUGGUUUGGAGAGGUAGCCAAGAAACAACCAAACUUGUUCACGGACGACAAUAUUGCUAAGCUGAUUGAGGAGAUGUUCCAAGGCGAUGAAAGAAUGCAGGCAACAUACAUGAUGAUCUUGGAAGCACUCUCCAAGAAGGUUCCACUCAUCCUCAUCCCCCAUCUGAAGGCCUUGAAGGAUGGCGAUGUUAACUCACAGUAUGGUGCCAAGUAUCAACUCUUCCUGGUUCUCAAGAACGUAGCGAUUAGGAGUGAAGAUGAGGCUGUGGCAGAGGAUUGUAUGAUAUACCUGGAGAAGCUCCUUCGGGGUCCUGAAGAUGACAUGGUGACUACCACCUGCCUGAAUGAGAUGCGGGCUAUAGGCGGCGUAUACCGACCACUGUUAGAACGUCGUAAACCAGCCAUAGAGGACUUGAGGAAACGGACUACGUCACAGACAACAAAGGACCAGUGUACCUUCAUCUUGGAUGUCCUGGAAGGCAGAAGCCUGGAGUCCUUGGCUGAGGACAUCAAAGAUGUGAAGGAAGAUGUUGAGGAACUGGACACACGAGUGACCAGGACUGAGGUGGGCCUGGUCCUGCUUAACCAAGAGGUGGGUGAACAGCGCGAGGAGCUGGAUGGGGUCAAAGUAGAUGUGAAGGCUCAAGGCGAGAAGAUUGACCAGCUUGAGGAGACAGUGGAUGACACCAAGGCUAAAGUGGAGGAACUCGACGGAAAGACAUUGAGUCACGCUCCUUUUUGGGCAAGAGACGUGGCCAAACUCCUCAACCCCGAAGACCUUCUGGACUGGACGCUUCUCUCUAUGCGUCUUGGCUACACCAAUGAUGACAUCCGGAGCUGGGCUCAGAUGCACGAUCCAUGUAUGGCCAUGCUGAAUGAAUGGUACGCCACUCGGAAGACGAGAGAAGCCACAUAUGCUGUGCUGACAGCACUGCAAGAGAUGGACAGAUUGGACGCUGCUGUCAUUGUGGAGAACGCAAUGAAGAUGACAGAGGCUGUAGUGGAGGACGAAGAGUUCGAGUACCCGGAGCCUCCAGAGGUGUUCCUCAGCUACCAGUGGGGAAUCCAGAACGAGGUGAAGCUUCUGAAGCAGCACCUGGAGAAGGCGGGCUUCACGUGCUGGAUGGACAUUGGUCAGAUGGGAGGUGGGGACAAGCUGUUUGAGAAGAUCGACAAGGGAAUCAGGGCAGCCAAGCUCGUCAUCUGUUGUGUCACUGGGAAGUAUGCCAAAUCUCCAAACUGCAAUCGAGAGGUGAACCUCUCGGUAAGCCUGGGUAAGCCCAUCAUCCCUCUGUUGAUGGAGAAACUGUCAUGGCCUCCACCAGGCUCAAUGGGGCCAAUCUUCAGUGAAUAUCUGUUCAUCCGAUUCUUCACCCGUCCUGGGGAGGAGACUGGUGACAUCAGGUACUGGUCGGCAGCCAAGUUCCAGGAACUCCUGAUGCAGGUCAACUACAACAACGUCAAGCCGGAUGAGCAGAAGGUGGAAAAAGAAUACAAGAACUGGUGGUGUCCUAUGGCUGAAGUCAUCAAGAUAGAGAAGAAGGACAUGAAGACGAUGACGGCCGCCAGUCAACAGAAGCAGGAGGAGGUGGAGUCUGGAUCAGCGUCUCCUGAUGUGUUCAUCUCCUACCAGUGGGGAAAACAGAAGCAGAUUCAGCUCAUGUACAAGCGCCUGACUGAGAUGGGCUUCACCGUCUGGAUGGACAUCUACCAAAUGGGAGGUGGGGACUCCCUCUUUGACAAAAUUGACAAGGGUGUGCGAGGGGCAAAGGUCGUUCUUUCAUGUGUCACCUCGAAGUAUUCUCUGUCGGCCAACUGCCGGAGGGAAGUCAGUCUUGCUGAUGCCCUCAAGAAACCAAUAGUUCCUCUGUUGCUGGAGAAGAUGACAUGGCCACCAUCAGGUCCAAUGAGCAUGGUGUUCACUCAGCUGUUGUAUAUCAACUUUGGGAAGGAUGAAACUGUACAGGAAAGAUGGGACGGAGACAAGUUUGAUGAACUGUUGACUAAACUGGACCAGUAUGUGCCGGAUAUCAUCGUGUCAGAUGAGGAGGAACAGGAGGAAUCUGUGAAUACUGAAGAUAAAAAGGACAUACCGCCACCUACCCCGGAACCAGAACCAACAGUAGAGCCUGAACAACCACCACAGACACAACAGCAAUCUCAACAGCAGCAAGCACCACCACAGCAGUAUCAACAACCCCCUCCUCAACAGCAUCAACAGCCACCUCCUCAACAGCCCCCGCCGCAGCAUCAACAGCCACCUCCUCAACAGCGCCCACCGCAGCAACAGCAACAACCACGAACGCAUCAACCAAUGCCCAAUCAACCUGAGCAAAAGAAGUCAAGGUCCUGUUUGAUCUUGUAGUGACGAUUUGAGGCCUUUGAUAUGGUGCCUUCAGUGAUCCAUUCGUAUAGUUUUGGAAUCUGGAGAAACGAGACUGAUUGAUAUUAUUUAUCUGUUGUAGGAGAGAUGCCCAGUUCUGUGGAAUAUAUGUCCAUCAUG